AUGGUUCUCCAAUCUCUAGUCUCCUUCCUCUACAAUUUUUGCAACGAAAGAUUUCAGCAGCCAGUGAUAUGCUUAUAUGAUGUAGUGGAAUCAGAAGGGAGCUUGGUUGAGCCUGCAGCUGAGGGUGAGUUUUGCUGUGUGUGUUUGUCAAGAUUAGUGGAGGAACAUGAGGACAUGAGAAUCCUUCCUUGCCGGCACAAGUUCCACAAGUCAUGCGUCGACGAGUGGUUCAAUGCGUGCCGGAAGACGUGUCCGUUGUGCCGGUUUCCGGUGGGAGGAGGGCAGAAGAAUACUCAGAUGGUGGAAAUGAUGCUGACUGAUGAGAUGAUGAUAUAUUUCUCUUCUUUUCAUGUAGCUGGGUUCUAA